AUGGAUGAACGCAUGAUUAAUAAUGCACUAGAUGAUUCUGACAAUUUUUCUAGUGACAGUUUUGACGAUAGUGAUAGUGAUUCAAUAUAUUGUGUUGAAAAUGAAAAUAAUAGCGAUUCUCAAGAGUCGUCAGAUGAUGAGGAUCAAAUUGAGAACCAAACUUUACCGACAUCUAACAAUAGAAAAUCAAAUUGGAAUAUAGUAACAGGUACUAAUCAAAAAAAUUUUAACUUAACCGGAAAUUCGGGGCCAUUAGUCAUUUUAGACGAGGAUAUUGGACCUAUGGAUUAUUUUAAAUUGUUUUUAACUGACAAUAUAAUUGAGUUAAUGGUUAUUGAAACAAAUAGAAACGCUCAACAAUUUUUAAAUACUCAAAAAAUUACACGUGGUAGUAGAUUUUCAUUUUGGCAACCAAUAAACAAAAAUGAUAUGGAAAAAUUUAUGGGACUUUUGAUGUGGAUGGGACUCGUAAAAUGA